UUAAACAUUGUUGCGGGCCAGACUGCGGCGCUUGGCAGCUGGUGAGAGGAAGGACGGUGGUGGUGACGCUAGAAGUUUCUUUGCAGACAAUAACCAUCCAGUUUGGAAUCUAAAACCUCGGAAAAAAUAACCAGGACACGUUUAAAUUCGCACAAAUUACUCUUUAGCAGCUGUUGAAUACUGCAACCAUGCCAGAAGUCUUUGCACCCGCAGACAUGGGCAGCUCACCUCCAUCCCCCGUGGACAGCAGUCCGAGGAGACUCUCCUGGGGCAAACUGGUCCACAGGUUAACAGAUUUCAGCACAAACAGCAGCAGUAUCGCUUCAGGGUCCAACAAUGGCAGCAGGAGUGACCUCUCAGAAUCUGGGUCCGAUACCUCCAGUGACCUGUGUCCAUACAACGAUGACCUCUUCUUCGAUCCGAUGGAGGAAACCAUCCUGAAAGAAGUGGUGGACCUCAUCGCAUCCAGCCUUAGAGAAGCCAAAGACUCGGACUGUGCUCUGAGGUGCGCCAAGCUCCUCAUUCCCGAGAAGCUGCUGGAGCACAUUGGACGGGAGCUCCUUCAUCUGGCAGCCAGCGAGCCCUGUGGACUGAGAGGGGCUCUCAUUGACCUCUGUGUGGAGCAAGGGGACGUGUGCGAGAGUAUGGCCCAGCUAUCGGUGGACCCCUGCCUCGUCCCCACUUUUCAGCUGACUUUGGUGUUGAGGCUGGAGUCCGGUGGCUUGUGGCCAAAAAUUCAAGGACUUUUUAGCUCCAGAUCUACUUCCACUCCAACAGUCCGGCAAGCACUUAAACUCAGCACUGGUUUCCGCGUGAUCAAAAAGAAACUGUACUGUUCUGAAGACCUGCUCAUUGAGGAAUGUUAAGAAAUGAAAGAGACUCAUUUUUUUAAUAUAAUGCGAGCUUACAAUAAAAGCUCAAAGAAGGGCCUUUUAAGAUUAUGCCUACAGAAGUAUAAAGAAGGACUUUGUUCUGAUGUAGCCUUUUGUUCCUGCUGUAAGUUUCUGGUACUUAGAUGUCUUCAUGCAGCACUUGCUCUAAACUUAAGCAAAAAGAAAAAGUAACCAUACAAUAUCUGGUACAUCUGCAUUUGAAAUAUAUAAAUGCACCUAUGUUUCUACUGAAACAUUGAAAAGGCAGCUAGCUGUAUUGUGUUGCGCAUUGAAGACGACUGAAUUGUACGGCAACUCAUGUCAUGAACAUAAACUCCUCAGUUUGGGACAUUUAAGCUAAAGCUUGCACAUGUGUAAGCCUCUACUUUGAUAUCAUUUUGAGUUUUUUUUUUUUUAACCUUUGGACCUGUCCUGCUUUGAAUUGUAUUUGAUAUUCAAAUAUUCAUUCCAUUUCACUGUUUUGUACUUUCAUUAUUGCAAAUAAAUUAUUGUUUUUUUUU